AUGGAAGAGAAAGGCGACGAAAUUCCACAACCCACUGAAGAAAAUGUAGAGCCAACUGAUGAGAAGAUAGAGGAUGCCGAACUCGCCGAUUCUGUCAAGCAAGAUGAAGCACCACAGCCUGAGCUUGAUGAAACUAAAAAGAAAGCUCGACUUGAACGGUUUCAUAACUUAUUCCUCAAAGCCCAAAGUUUAGGACUUAAUCUUACAGAGGAGCAGAUUGCAAAGGCUCACACAUCAUGUGAAUCAACACCAAUGCCAAACAAGCCAAAAUAUGAAAUGUACAGAAUUCAUAUUGUCGGUUUUCCGCUCAAUAUGAACGAGUUACAAAUUAUUGACUUCCUCUCUCAAUUUGGCGAGGUUUAUGAUCUUUACAUGCUUCAACUUCCUAAUGGUAAAUUCCGUGGAAUGGUAAAAGUUACUUUCCUGGAUAAUCCUGAUAUUGAUGGGAUCGUUGAGAAGAUCAGCGAAACUGUUUAUCAUAGUACUCGCCUUCACGCUUGCCGCGCUCUUUCUAAGGAAGGCCGGGAGCAAUAUAAGAGAAAUAAAUAUGGCGUUUAUGCUGGCCAUCCAGAAAAGAAUAAGGAUUACUAUCCAACGGUCUAUGACCCCAGAACUGGCAAGAUGGUCAAAGUCCAAAAUCCAAGAAAUUUCAUAGAUCCUAAAGACAUGAGAGAAUACAGAGAUCGCCCACCAAUGCGCGAUGGUAGAGAUUACGAUCGUAAUCCUCCACCAAGGAGAGACUACAGAGAUGAUGAUCGUCCUCCAUAUCCAGAUGAUUAUCGUCGACCAUACAGAUCAGAUGAUAUGCGCCCAUAUCGUGAUCCAAGAGAUUAUCCACGCGAUUACUAUCGAGAUCCAAGAGAUUACGCUGAAGAUCCAAGAGACGGAUACGGAAGAGAUCCAAGAGACUCUUACUACGAUGAAUAUGCUAGACGAAGUGCAUAUGAUAGCUACUACUCAAGAAUGGGCCAACCUGCCGAUCCACAACCCGAUUAUAGCGCAUACUACUAUCAACCUGGAUAUUAUUGA